GGCGAGAAAACAUCAUCUAAAAAAAAAAUUGACACUUCGACUGAAAGGAAAGAAAAAGCAACGUGAAUAUCACCACCACCACUGAAACUCUUCCCUCCAAUUUGAUUCACUGAGCUAUGAACUUCUUCAAAUCUAUAUUAUCUGACGAUCCGGAUCCGGACCCCCCAAUACCCAAAAAGCUCCAAGAAUCUACACCUGAACAAUCACACGAAACCCCUGACAAUGACGUCGACGUUGACCCGGAGCACACGCCCGAUUCAGGAUCCGAUUCAGCUGCCGACGGUAGUGACGGUGGUGUUUGGAGCUUCGGAGGUCUGUUCAAGACGUUGUCAACUCGAUCCGAAUUAGUGCUCGAGACGUACCGCAAGGAUCUGCAGGAAUUCGGAUCCGGGUUGAAAAAAGAAACCGAAUUGUUCCGUGAAGUAGCUAGUCGGGCCGUUAAGGAUCUUCCUAAUUCUAUCGAGGUUAUUGACGGCGUCAUCAAGUCUACGGCUGAGAUUAUUUCACAAGGUAAAGAUUCCCUUUUAGCAUCCUCUGAUGAUGUUGAACCCGAAACCCCUGAUCAAAAUCGGGUCUUGAACUCGGCCCGGUACAGUCGGUUCGAAUCUCAAUUGAUUAAUAUCCAAAAUGACCCAAAUACAUUCUGUUUGGAGCCUGAGGAUUUAGAGGAGUACAAGAAGUGGAAAUUAGGGUUUGAUUUGAAGGAGAAAAGUGAGGAAGUUGAGAACUUGAUUGGAAAUAUUGUAUCAUUAGAAGGUAUCUACAAAAGGGUUGUGCCUAAUGAAGUUGAUCAUGAGACGUUUUGGUAUCGUUAUUUUUAUAGAGUGUACAAGCUUGAGCAGCAAGAGAGUGUUAGAGCUAAGCUUGUGAAGAGAGCAAUAUCUAUAGAUGAUGAUGAUGAAGAAUUGUCUUGGGAUGUUGAUGAUGAUGAUGAUAAUGAACAAGAGAGCAAUGCCAAAUCGAAAGUUGAUGAGCAGGGAAAAGAGGGUUCAUCUGUUAUUGAAAGCUCCGUUGAUGAUGUAAAGAAAUUGGCUUCGGCUGAGACUGAAUCUGCUAAUAAGGACUCGGCUAAUGUUGCAAAGGAAGUGCUUCCGGAUAAAAGUGAACCAAGCAAAGAGGAUUCAACCAAUGUUGUUAAACAGGCCGCUCAUAGUGAUGAAUCAAAAACUUUAAGUUCUGCUACUGUUGUUAGGAAAGAACAGAAUCAGUCUAAUGCAGAUGGUGCUGGCAAGAGCCAUGUCGUAGAAUCGAGUGGGAAUAGCGAAGAUACUAAAAAAGAGAACUCUGAAGUUACUUCUUUGAGUAAGAAGGAGGGGAAUAGCGAAGAUCCUAAGAAAGAGGACCCCGAAGUUACUUCUUUGGAUAAAAAGGAGGAGAGGGCGGCAAAAGGUUCAGAUGGGAAAGGUGAUAAGGAUGAAUCUGGUAAAGGUGGUGAUGUCUCUACAGUGUCAAGUCAAAAGACGGGGGCUGAUGAGGAGGACUUGGAUUGGGCUGAGAUUGAAGACAUUGAGGGUAAUGACGACAAAAAGGCAACUUCUCAUGCUACAAGUUCCAAUAGAGCUGAUUUGAGGAAGAGGCUUAGUGUUGAAGAGGAUGAUGAGGAUUUGAGUUGGGACAUUGAAGAUGAUGAUUAGCCUGUGAAAGCUUGAUUCUCAGACAAACUUAAGAUAUGCAGGAAGCUAGAUGCCAAAGUUGUCAGCAUGCAACAUAACUCAAGAGUUGAACGUAACCUCUUGAUGCCUAGUAAAAGUAAGAUAAUGCUUAUCGUAUCGUGCAGUUUGUUUAAUCACGAUUCAUGAUUUUCAUUCUUUAUAUUGAAGUUUUAGUUUAAUAGUCAAGUUUGUUAUGUCCAGCGGUUCAUUUAUAAAAAGUGAACAUGUCUUUCUGCACCUUGUAUACUUGGGAAAUUUGAAUGGAAACAAUGAUGUUCAUAGACAAAGUACUAUCUAUUAUUCUAAUGCAUUUAUGAACUCCCCGGUGAA